ACCAGUUUCGCCCUGCGUACAGCCGGGAUCCAUGGGUAUUCCGUACGGACAACUACAUAAAGUUGCGGAGCACAUAUUUUCCUGAACCCGAAUCGUAGCCAUGACCAGGCUCUCUCCUCCGUCACAGAUGAGAGAACUACAAGAGUGGGAAGAGGAGAUGCCUCGCCUGGGCAAUUACGAAACCACGGAUCUCGACUUGCUGCCCGCUUGGGCUGAUACAGCUGGCUUGGGGCUUAUGGCCCGGAUUGCGGGAAGCAAAAGCAACCAGCAACGACAGCGUGGAAGAGGAUUGAUGGCGGAGGACGAGAAGAAAACUGGGACGCGGACAACCAGUAGCCAGCGGCCCAAACGGCCAACGGCGGAUAGGGCAGCCACAGCAAUAAGGAAAAGAAAGCAAUAAUAAACUGCACCCUAUAGUCUGGGCAGUGGAAUGAGCACAUAUGUAGUCCAUCCUGGAUGGUAUGGCACCGCACCACCUGUCCCCACCCGUGGUGAUAGGUACUGUGUGGCCGUAGGGAGGUCGGCCAGCUGUUGCUGUAGCGUUUAAUGGGGGGUGUGUAUGGUUGGUACUAAUCUAAAAACCGUUUUAUGGGCAUUGCUGGAACUUGCCUUCUUUUGUUUUCCCCCCAGAGCGCCGUUGCAACUUGCCCGGCCUCGUCUCGGCGAGCCCCGGAUAUACAAUACUUUUACUUCCGAGUCUCCUGUCCUCUGCCCGCUCCUCGGUCCCCUUGACUUCCCUUUCUCUUCGCCUCUGCUUCUCCCUUUGCUCCGCUUCACCUCUUUAACUUACUUGGCCUGCCCUCCCACCCACUCCUCCACACAGCACUCGCAUCUAUCCCCGUUUGCUUGUUCGGAUUUGCGGCGAGGCAGUGAUUUCGAUUAUUGUCCGCUGCGAACUCCAACUGUCCUUCUCUGUCUUGAGUCUUUCUUGUUUUACGUUACUUGACCGACGUAACCCUCCUCUCCGUCUGUCUGGUCUGUUUUCUCCAGACCUAUUCACUCAAGGGUUGUCAUUGUUGCUCUCCACAUUGAGGUGCAUUGAAGGCCAAGCAUUCGAACAAGCCGCGCUGCGGUGGACUCGCUUCAAACCCCCUCGGCCCUCAGCAAUUCGACAUCAACAGCAACGAGGUCCACCAUACAUACCACCUAAAGAUCUUUCCUCAUCUGGCAGUCCACCCGUUAUACAGAACAGAACACAGGCAAUUCAACGUCUUAACUCCGAACGAUUGUUGUCUUGUCGACAUCUCCUCCCCAAGCGCAAGCGACGAUACAACAGCUUCUCCGAGGUUGGCGAAGAUCAACAGUCGACAUGUAUCAGCCCGAAUCUGCAGCGUACAUAUCUCUCUCGGCGGGAUAUGGUAAUGCACACGGACUUCCCGACUACACAUUCGAACAGACAUCAAUAGGUGGAGGUGGUGGUAGUGGUGGUGGUCUUGGACGUGGAGGCGGCGCGGAAGCGGCCGCUACAGCAGCAGGCGCCGCCGCUGUUGGGUCAGCAAUAGCUGCCCCUGGAACCACUGGGGCAAUCUUCAGUCCAGGUCCAGCCGGGCCCAGGGGCAGUAUCAGCGGUAACAGCGUCCCCAGCGGCCCCGCAUCCCGACCCUUGUUCACAACCCACGCGGGCAACUCGUUCCAUCCCCAUCACUCGUCGCCGCACUCGUUACCACCGCAUCACACCAGCAGCCACGGCGGGCACAGCCAACACCAUCAACACCAACAGUCGCACAGCCCGCUCUCAUACGUCUCGCAUUCGCUCUCUCCCAGCGUUGGCGGCAGCACAAGCCCCUCCUCGCCAGCUUCCAUUUCACAACUUCCCCCACAGCAGCAACAUCAUCAUCAUCAUCAUCAUCAACAUCCACAACAACAGCAAUACCAGCACUCCCGAUUUGAUUCUCAAGUACCGCGCUAUCAAUCACCGUCGUCCAUUCAUCAACAACAACAUCACAUUAAAAUGGAAGCAAUCGGCGACGAUCAUAGCGACUUGGCCGCAGCCCAAGGGUACCAGGAGUACCAGCCUGAGCUCAAUGGUCUUCCUGUUGGCGACAAAUUACCAAGCACAGCCAUCACGGAAGAAUACGCCAAAGCCGAUCCCGUCUAUGUCCAGAAAACAAGGUCUCUGCCCGCGGUAUACUCCCAUUACCGUCCAAUGUUGGGGGAUGGCAACUGCGGCUGGAGAGCAAUCGGCUUUGGCUACUUUGAGACCCUCAUCAAGCUCGGCAACAAGGCCCAGGUGGAUGGUGAGAGAGAGCGUCUAGAAAGCCUUAAUGAGUACAUCCAGCACCACGGUGGCUUUGACCCAAUGGUAUUCGUGGAUUUUGUCGAGGAAACAGAUGAGCUCCUGAAGAGGAUUUCGGACAAGCUCAAUGUCCCCGAGGAAGCCAUGAGCGAAGUUAUGCACGCCUUCACCGAUGCAGAAAAAUCCAACGCCAUCAUCUACCACCUUCGCCUGCUCGCAAGUUCCUGGCUCAAAGAGAAUCGCGGCAGUCACGAAGCCUUCAUCACUACGGAUGAAAGUGUUGAAAAAUUCUGUCAGCGUGUUAUCGAGGUACCCAAUAUUGAGAUCGACCAACUGGGCUUGCAGGCACUGGUCAGCAUACUUCUGAAGCCCGUUGGUUUCGUCUUGAGAGUCGCUUAUCUGGACCGUAGCCCCGGCUCUGAGGUCAACACCUACAGCUUCCCCGAAGAGGCAAUCAGCCAGCCGACAUCUCCCCUUGACCCCGUCAUCUGCUUACUUUACCGGCCCGACCACUAUGACAUUCUCUACCCCGUGGACCCAACACCUCCGCCCGCGCCUAUGAACAUCCAGGUUUUCCGAGCCACCAUCCCCCAGUAUGAGAUUACAUCCGCUCCGCCGUUCACAGCCGCGGGAGAUUACGACCUCCUUGCAGCACUGCCAGGCUUCAGCUCCUCUCCCUCGCCACUUGGGGCACUGGGCGUUGGGCUUGGGCCAUCGCUUGGCUCGCCGCUUGCGCCGUUCACCCAAGCCCCGACACCAUCUUGGAUGUCUGCCCCUUUCGGAACGGAAUCACUCCAGCCAGUCGCCACCCCCCUACCCAUCGCCGCAGCGGCUCCUCCACCGCCACCACCUCAGCAGACGCAUCCGUUGAGGUUUAGCGAAUACUGCCAGAUGCCCGAGUAUGUUGAGAACGACACGUGGCGCGAACCGACGUUCCAGACGUCGACAUUUAAGAACAGUCACUUCAACGUUGCGCAUUACAAUAACCCCAACUUCCAACCAGAGGAGUACAAACCGGAGAAUGACGAGUAUGAUCCACCACCAAGGAGCGGGCGGAAGAGAGGGAGUGUAUAGAUGGCUCACUAUCGUGAGGAUGAGCAUUACGGCUGCAUCUGAGAGGCCGUGAAGGCAUAUAGAAAAGGGCCUCGAAGAGGUGCUUACCCCAUUCCACUUUACAACCGGAACUGGACGAAAAUAUUGCGCUUUCUCUGGGGUUUUAAUGACGGCGGCCAGCAUCAGGGGAGUUUGGGUAUUCAUAUCGCAUUGUUUUUUUCUCUUCCUUUUUUCUGUUUCUUCUUCCGCAAAGGUCGGAGGCAACAGGGUUAUACACGGGAGUUUGAGAAAGAGGAGGAGAGAGAGAGGCGAGACUUUCAAGAAAAGCGACGAGCGUUCUUUUCGAGGAGCUUAGCUGGCGCAAUGUUACUUUCUACGACUACUGUUCCACGCGGUAUGUCUAACCUCGUGAUUCUUCUUUUUGUCAUCGACACCUGCUUUGCCGUUCAUUUAAAUUUGCUGCGCAAAGGAAUAAGUUGGAAGAUGAGCAUAAACCAACCACCUGGUUCUCCUACAGUAUGGUAAGCAUGGCAACAUGCCACAACCGUCAUGUCUGACGAUCAUGUAACGCGAGUCCAGUGACAACCAUCUGACCGCCAAUCGGUACAACCCACCCCCUAAAACAAAAGUCCAUCUGGCAUAGAUGUACAAAGAUUCUUUCUGGAAUCACAUACAAGAAAGGACGACCAUCAGAGGAGUGAGUGCUACAAUCAACUACCGUAAGCGCUAAAGAGUGGGCAAAUCUCCAAUGGGAGGAGUGACACUUCAUCAAGCAUGUGGUGAGCAUGACAGGCAGGUUGUGUCGUGCCUGUGCCGUAUUGUAUGCCGUUGUGGUGUGGUGGUACUCAGAUGGGAUAUCGGAGGACCUGGAGCUAAAGCAAGAAGGAGGGGUGGAGGGGGGGCUGUGAUUUCCGGCUUGAAGGAAGGUACACUACUUUAUUUCGAGGUCUUGGUAGAGGAGAGUUUGCAGCCUGGUGGAAAUGCUUCUACAAGCCACAGCCAGAUUCGCAACAGAGAGCAGCAGUUCACCGUUGGAGAGACG